GUCAUCAUCAUCAUCAUCAUCAUCAUAGGCGCUUGUGAUUAGUACUCAGUGAAAACACCGUUUUAUUAGUUCAUGUUUUAGUUUAAUUAAAUAAUGUGGCGAGUAAAAAUAUUUAUUUUGGUGAUGUGUGUUUCAGUUUUUGGAAAAUCAAUAAAAAAAAGACAAUUAUUCAGAGAGCAGUUAUCACCACACAUGGGUGGAAAGGUACCGGAAGCAGCCUUUCAACGGGAUCGUUUAGCACUUAAUCAGUUGAAUGCUCGUGGGAUUUACAGCACUUCCGGAAUUUACCUGGAACAUCACUCGGAUAAAUCACCAAAGAGUCAUCAACAUAUUAAAACAAUGCAGGUACCUGCACCUGAAGAAGAUCGUUACGUAGCACCGGAGGGAAGAUAUCAUUAUCACACGCCCCCCACGUUGGACACGACGUACGUGAUUAGAGAACCAGUGCAGGUGCCAAUUACGCCCAACCUCCGUUAUCACCCCCAGCCGCAUCCACCCUACGAUUCACUAAAACUAGCUGGGUACUACCGUGGUAUGCGAAGUCAAACUGCCCAUACAGGUGGCGCCACUGCGCUGCUAGGUUAUAACCAGUGGACGUAUGCAAAUGGCAAUGGUAAUGUGUACGGUGGGCAGCGUAACGACAUCGACGACGAUUUUGAAGUACAAGCGAAAAAAGAGUACGAGCCGUACUUGAAAAAACUUCACGAGGUUGAUAAAUAACACUGCUGACUCAACAAGGGAUGGACAUUGGACAGCGGCGGAAAAACAAAAAAGUGGAAAAGCGGAAAACCGGAAAAAAGAACAUUGACGUUUAAUAAGUGACGGUGCUUGGUCGGGUUUGGAGCGAACGAAUUGACUUAAUUUUAGUUUUGAGUAUGCUAUCUAUUUACUUUUACAGGAUCAACAUAAUAUACAGGAUGUUAAGAGAAUAUUAAGAGGUUAAAAGUAUUUUUUUUGUUUUGUGUUUUUCAUGCACAAAUUUUUAAUUUUUUGAUAAUAUUUAUAUAUCAGUGGAUAAUGUUUUUAAUCUAGUUUUAAAUAAAAUUAGAAUUUUUGUUUU